AUGGUGAUUAUCGCGGAUGCCAUCAACAUGAUCACUGUGGACUGUAUGAAGUGUCAACCUGCCACCAUCUUCCCUCUGGAAGCUCUGCAGUCCUGCAACGUCAAACACAAGUUUUGGGCAGCUUGGGACCCGGAUGGACCAAUCCGAAUAGGACAAGGUCACGUGGUCGAAGAGAGAACCUUCCUCGAUCUCAAAGACGGCAACUUAACUGACAUUCACUUUGCGUAUAUCAGCAGCGAAAAACAUGCAAACUGGACCUUUAUAUUAGAAGAUGCUUCUGCCAAGUUUCUGACUCCGUCGCCAGAUGGCGCCACUAUAGUGGAAUUGAGUGAGAAUACGCCUAUCGGCACCGUCAUCGUCAACAUCACCACCACACGACCCGAUCUGAACAUCACCACGGAGGUUUUGGGCAAUAUUAGUUCACAGUAUUUCGCUGUGAAUGACGCGGCGCUCAAGACGAUCGCCAUGCUGGACUAUGAGAGACAAUGUCUUCACAUGAUCAGAUUGUUAACAAGCGAGGCUGUAACGCUGAGUGUCAAGGUCAUCGUUCAAAACGUCAACGACGAGACACCGGAAGUCGUGUGUAAUGACGUCGUAGAGCUUCCGGAGGAGUGCCCUGUUGGUAUCAACGUCGCAUUUCCGUGUGUCGUCUCUGACGCUGAUGUGGGAGAUGACUACAACAUCACCGUUGAAGGGCCUGACCGAGAUUACUUCAGUGUCGUGAACGGCACCGACAUCACCAUGGCACGACAUCUCGACCGAGACGGCGGAGGUGGCAGACAAUCACUCAAUGUAUCUCUCGUCGUAACUGAUCUUGCGGGCAAUACUCGCACACAGAAUCUAUCUGUUACUGUAACAGAUAUAAACGACAACUACCCAACGUUCUCAUCCUCCGUGUACAUCAUCAACGUCACGGAGAACAGUACAGCAGAUACGGCCGUCUUGAACCUGACUGUGGGUGAUCUAGACGUGGGAGGCAACGGCGAGGUGAGCGUCACCAUCCACGACCGAGACGCCAACGACUGCCGGUUUUGGUUGGAAGGACUGACUCUGAGACUAGAGGCUGGGACCUGUGACUACGAGGAGUACGAGUCGAGGGACCAGACCUACUCGCUGGUAUUGAAAGCUAAGGACAAUUCAACAACUGGGCCGGCAAAGACAGGCAUUUCCGUCGUCGUUAUACAGGUUCAACCCCGCAACGAGUUCAUCCCUCGCUGGAACGCGUCAAGCAUUGUCUUCCCGUCUGGUGUCACCGUCACCUCCAAAGAGACGACAGUUCCGGGAGACAAUGCCGUUACGAAAGCCCUCGCCAACACUGUAGACCUUAACACGAGAAACAAUACAAACAGACAGACUACCUUGACCACUUCAGGAAACAACAUCAACACCACCACACCUCCUAGUGCCACCGCCACUGUCAACGUCACCGUUAACAUUGAAGGUCACAGUACCAACGGCGAUAACAUAAAGACGGUAAAUAAAACGAAUAUUGAGGGUGACAAGACUGGAACCACUGACGGCGUGACUGGUCCCAGAGGAAUAAACACGUUCAUAUUCCCGGCGCAAGUGCUACCCGAGACAGCCAACAUUGGGACCCACGUGUAUACGAUGAGUGCCACUGACAGAGACUCCGCACAUCACAGUAACUUGGUGUACAGUAUCGCAAGCACAUACACAGAUAAAAAUGAAAAUGUCCUUGGUGUGUUUGAAAUAAAUCCGAAAACCGGCACCAUCGUGACAGCCACUACUCUAGACAGAGAUCACGUGACAGCCACUACUCUAGACAGAGAUCACGUGACAGCCACUACUCUAGACAGAGAUCACAUGAAAUCCACUACUCUAGACAGAGACCACGUGACAGCCACUACUCUAGACAGAGACCACGUGACAGCCACUGCUCUCGACAGAGAUCACCUGACAGCCACUACUCAAGACACAGAUCACCUGACAGCCACUACUCUAGACAGAGAUCACGUGACAGACCCUACUCUAGACAGAGAUCACGUGACUGCAACUACUCUAGGUAGAGACCACGUGACAACUACUACACUAGACAGAGAUCACGUGAACAGCGGAUCAGCAUUUUAUGUCCUGAAGGUCGGGUGUUCUGACGGUGAUAACGUCAUAUAUGGGAUGCUGACGGUUAACGUUACCGAGGAAAACGAGUACCCUCCUGUGUUUGAACGGACUAUACAUCACGUCCAAUCGUCCUUGUCUGCUGGUCAUCUAGUCGACCACUUCAACGUCUCCGACAGGGAUCUUCGUUCAAACAUAUCUUUACACUUCUCAUACAAUGAGUCCUACUUUUACAUAGAACAGAUUAACUCUUCCUGGGGCCUCUAUGUGUCUACGAAAGACAACGCGUCCGAAAGCUUUCCGCCCAGUUUGACCGUCAUAGCGACGGAUCAGGGAACGCCGGAAAAGACGUCAUCAUGCACGGUAGUAUUUGAAAAUGAGCUUUGUGAGAUGCCUACGACCACCACUACCACAACUACAACUACAACGAACACUGCAACAACACCAACUACAACACCCACUGUGCCAUCUUCAGCUCGGCCAACCCAUCAACACGUCACAGCCGCGCCGGUUCAGUGUGUGACUGAAAAGGAUGACGGUGAAACAGUGCAGGAGAACGCCGGUGUAGAGGAGAAGGUGCUGGCGAUACUGGCGGCUGUGGAGGGCGGCAUCAUGGUCAUCAUCCUAAUCCCUGCAGUCCUCAUCCUCACCGGAAGGCUCGGCGGAAGCAAGGUAGAAAACUGCCAACAACAGCUGGAUGGUAAGAUUGGCCCUCGUGAUGACUCGGACACAGGUGACCACGUGUCUGACCCUGGUGUUGACCCAAUGGACGAUGGUCUGGAAGCCCUGACUCUCCACGACCUGAUGGACAAGCCGACUGAAGUGGACCCAGCAGUGGCCGACAAGGAGCCAGAUCGGGACACGCUCAAAACAAUGGAUGAUUCCGGGAGGGGGAGCUUUCCGUCCCUGGAACUAAGUGAAGGGGGAGGGGGGAGGGGUGGGGAGGAGAGGGAUGAAGGGGAGACGGAAGAUGAACUGUGA